GGCAGCGCGGGCAGGGGCUGCGGGCCUCGCUCCCCGAGAGGGGCCUUCACCCCGGGCGAGGCAGGAGGCGGGCGGCUGCCUCCCUCUGUCCCUCCCUCCCGGCGUGUGCGGUGGGGCUCAGUGACACCUGCCAGCGGCCAUCCCCGCCUCCUGGGCGAGGGGGCUUGGCAGUGCCCAACUGCCCCUGCCCCUGGGGGCUCUGUGGCUGAGAGGCCCACUCUUGUCAAGAAGCUGGGGGCAGACCAGCCCCUGCCCUCCGCCAGGAUAGGGCACUGCUCUCUGGUGCUGCCUGCCCAUCGUGUUUGCCCGGCCUCGUGCCGGACUCGCCCUGGCACCUUUCAGGGAAGGACUUCCAGGGGCCCCCCUGCCAGCUCGCCCACGAAACUGCAACACCUCUGAGCCCCGCCCAGGAGGUGCCAGCGUGUUUGUGCCGAGAGCCAGGUUUUACUGAAGCACUGGGGCACGUUUCGGUGGAGGGACGCAGCCCUGGGCUUGUGCAGCUGGAUGUACGCGCAGGUCAUGGGCAUGUGCAGCCGCGCUUGGGAAAACAAGUCUUGGAUUCUGCCCCUGAAACUGAAAAAAUAACAUAUUUCAGAGAACUUGGAGGAACUUUUGAUUUGGGCCUUACUUGAGGAGAGAGCUGUUUUCCGGGAUGGGGGAUGGAUGCCAGAGACAAGCAGCUUCUGCGCUCCCUGCGGCUGGAGCUCUCCACAGAGGUGCUGAUGGAAGGACUUGUCAUUCAGUACCUCUAUCAGGAAGGGAUUCUAACAGAAAACCAUGUUCAAGAAAUAAGGUCCCAGACCACCAGUCAGAGACAAACAAUGAUGCUUCUUGAUAUCCUUCCUACCAGAGGACCCAAGGCCUUCGAUGUAUUUCUGGAUUCAUUACAGGAAUUUCCUUGGGUUAGAGACAAAUUAAAGACAAAGCGCAAAGAAAUUGUGCCUGAGGAGCCUGCAGGUGGCAGGAUACUGGGAAUUCCACCACAUAUUUUGAAGAGCUCACCAACAGAUCAGCAAAUUAACAAACUCGCAAGGAAACUGGGACCUGAGUGGGAACACAUUGUACUGUCUUUGGGUUUGUCCCAAAACGACAUAUACCGAUGUAAAGUCAAUCACCCUCACAAUAUUCAGUCACAGAUUGUGGCUGCAUUUGUCCUUUGGAGGCAACAUUUUGGAAACAAAGCAACAAUCCAGACUCUGCAAACCAGCCUGACAGUUGGAGAAGUGGAUCCCUCUGUAUUCCAGUAUAUGCUUGAGUGAUAUCUUAUGAUUGAUUAGUGCCUUUUGAGCCCUUCACUAAGAAUAUAGACAGACAAAGCAUUGCAGCAAUAUCAAAGAAUACCAAUACAAGCAACUGUUACAUCUGCACCAUUCUGUAAUGACAUAAGCGAGCAAAAAUGCUCCAACUUUAACCCUUCUUCAUUCAUGAGGAAAGCUGAGUGAUUAAGUUAACUUGUACUACAGGAUCAUGCAGUAACAUCAUAAUAGUAACAGCAUAACAGCUGAUGCAUGCUCCUGAGCAGUAAUUCCCCUUCCCCUUUUAAAGCAUAUAAAAUCCACAUUUAUGCAUACCCAUUACUAAAUAAACUGGAUUUACUGAAUCAUUUGUCAGAGUUCUGAUGUCUGGAAAUAUCAGCUGAGCAAUUUGAUCAUUCUAUGACUCUACUAGUCCUUGUAGGUUCCAGCCUUCUGGGAAAUCUUUUGACUUUUAUUACUAUUACGUGCAUCUCAGAUCAAAUUUUAACAAACAUUAAGAAAUUAUCAUUCCUUUUAUUCACUCUUGUGCUUCUUUCAAGUAGGAUGUCAUCAAGUAGAUGCUGCAACUUCAAGUUUUGUGGAGUCCUUCCAAGCAGUGGAUCACAUCCUGAGGUAUAAAGCUAAUAUUAAUGACUAAGUCCUACAUAUUCAAUGCCUCUCGCUGUUGCUGUUUUAAAAAAACUCUUUAGGAUGUAGAAUUAUUUCAGGGAUAAGCUGUUAUCACUUUACGUGUAGGUCAGGCAGGGUGAACUCUGUAAGGAGUAACAAGGGGUUGCUUAUAGUCUCUUUUCAUCUCCUUAUCAAUCAGCUGUAAAAAUGUCAUCAGGAUCAGUCAGGUUUUGUCCUACAAUGGGUUUCCUCUUCCAUUCCUAGCUACAGGCAUUUCUUUCUGCCUUCAGGAAUCAUUAUGUCUCUGCCUCAUUAGGUAUCGGUUGUUUCUAGGGGCAAUGAGAAUAAGCAGUGAAAUCAUAAACUAAUGAUGCAAAGCAGAAUACAUUUUCACUCCUGUGCAAAUUAGCUUCAAGGGAAGAACCACACCCAAAGAUGCCACAACCACACCCCUGAGGAAUAAAGUUGGGCUUCCAAAUGACAAGUCACUAGUCGGUUUCCCUCAAAGAGCCGAUGCUGAUGUCGCUCAGCCUCCAGAUUCUGUUUCAUAUAUUUAAGCACCCUCGUGGUUUGAUCAGAUUUAGAGCAAGAGGUUUUUCUCUUCUAUACCCCUAAUUCUCAGAACUUUAAGGAAAAUUAGCAUUCUUCAGAGCACCUUGGUUACCCAGCUGGGCAUUUUUUUUUCUGAACUCUAGGAGCUUGACAGUGUUUCCUUAUAGGAUCAGAACUUUCCAGCCCAGAAACAAUUUGCUGUUAUGUUAUUUUUAGUCUUCCAUAAUACAGUGCUGACAUUCAGUAAUUCAUGAUUUUGCUAUACCUCACUCAAAUCUUAAUUAAUUGUAUCGUCUUAUGGCUACUGAGAGUGUAAUUCUAUCAUGAA